AAAAAAAAAAAAAAUUAAUUAGUGAUCUUGUCCAACAAUAACACAGUAAAUAAAUAUGGGCAUUAGCAUCUACGGGAUUUUGGCGGCACCAAAAUCGCACCUCGACUCCUCCGUUUACCACCACCUUAAUUCCCCCUUUUCCCCUAUAAUCUAGGUUUCCGAUUCCCUCAAUCUCUUUCCCAUUUUUUCUUCUUCUCGAAUCUCCACAGCAAUUAUACUACUACUAUUAUUCUCUAUUGGAUUCCCCAAUUUUUUUUAAAUUUUUUUUGGAAAUGGAAAUGGAGGAAUCUGAAAAUCCAUGGCCCAGCCUCUUGUGUGAAGAAGAAGAAGACUCGUGUUUGACGGAACAGCACUCCGGAAACUUUGAUUUUUGUUCUGUUUCUGAGUCGGAAUCGGAGUAUGUUGAAAUGUUAAUCGAGAAAGAGACGAUCUUUGAGCCAAACAGCGACGAAUCUUCACUCGGGAGUGAUGGAAUCUGGUUGAAAUGCGCACGUAGGGAUGCCGUCAAAUGGAUUCUUCACACUAGGGUUCUCUUUGGAUUUCACUUCCACACGGCGUAUCUAUCGCUGAUUUAUUUCGAUCGGUUCUUUUCGAGAAGGUCGAUUGAUAAUGGAAAGUUAUGGGCUAUUCGAUUAUUAUCCGUCGCCUGUUUGUCGUUAGCUGCAAAAAUGGAGGAAUGCCAAGUGCCUGCUUUAUCCGAAUAUCAUGUCGACGAAUACAAUUUCGAAGGGAGUGUGAUACAGAGAAUGGAAUUGAUAGUGUUGAAUACGUUGGAAUGGAAAAUCAGCUGCGCCACUCCUUUUGCUUAUCUAAACUAUUUCGCCACCAAGUUCUGUGGCAAAUCGAGUCGUAUAGAUCUGAUUAAUCGAGCGGUUGAAUUGAUCUCGGCAUUAAUGGAAGAAAUUAAUGUGGUCGAACACCGGCCAUCAAUUAUUGCAGCUGCUGCAGUUUUAGCAGCUUACGAUUAUCGCUUAACCGAAAAAGUAAUUGAGAUUAAGACGAAUGCAAUCCCAUCAUGGGGGCCCCUAGAAAAAGAGCACACUUUCUCGUGUUAUAGUAUGCUGCAAGAAAUCGGGAUGUCGAAAUCCAAGACGUCGAAAUUGAUUAAUUCGUCGAGUUUACUAUCAUCCCAUUCAAGCUCCAUCGACAUUCUUGACCACUCGAUAAUCACAUCGAGAGUCGGCAAUAAAAGAAGGCUUACACAUAUCAGUGGCGAUCAAUAUUGUUCUAAGCCCAAGAUUCCUAAAUCGUAAGGAAUCGGAGCAUAAUCUUUUAUUAAGGAGAUGGUUCGUGUAAUUUGCAGAUAAUAUUGGAUUAAGUUUCUUUAAUGGAGUUCUCUUUGGGGGAGGGCUCCAUUUUUGCAGCAUUGAGCAAAUGCCAAUAGUGAAAGGUGGAAUUAGCACAAAUAAAGAGGAGUAUAUACCUUUUUUUGCUUACAAGUGAUGAGUAAGGUAAAAAAAAAAAGCCGGUUGUUGAGGGAGUGAGAGCCAAAGGAUUGAUUUUUUUAAUUUUUUUUUAAAAAAUUCUCGUAAUUUUGCUUCGUUGCAAAGUCGAUUCUUUUGAAGUGAUUUUUUUUUUUUUUUUUGCAUGUUUAUGUUUUUAUAUUUUUCAACAUUGUUGUUGAAAGAGCCAUUGAGAUGCUUUCUUUCUAUGCAAUAUUUUUCAGAAGGCAAUGGUGGGGGAAAUAAGGAAUGAGAGAUUGUUUCUUGUUUGAUGUGAU